GUGUCUAGGGAUCGCGCGAUAGCUGCUAGUGAUGAGGACUCCGGGGCUUCUCGAGACGAGCGAGAGUCUGGAUCUGCUGUCGUGCAGGUUUCACGGCCUAAGACCGAGUAUAGGCAUACUGAUGGGGAAGGGAUAGACGCCAAGUGAAGAUAGAGGGGAUGGAAUUAGUCAAUUAGACGUUCGGGAUAGAGUGAGCCAUCUUAUCUAGCUGUCACGCAAUAUACCUGCAUAUGGUGUAGACUUAGCAUCCACUACCGUCCGGCACCGGAGCACAGUGUCACAUAGAAAUACUAAGAUCCUGUCGCGCAUGAUGCGGGGAAAAUGGCGAAUUUGUAUCCUGCAUGUCCAUCCCACUGAUAACACGCUUGCGCCAUGGCAACAUCUGAUGGCGGGAUUGGUGAGGGGUUCACACCACACCAGACUAUAUCACUGCUACGUUCGAAUGAAUGUAGUAACCCAAUACAACAACCGCAGAUACAAUGGGCGACAUCAGUACAGACAAUGGCCAAGAUGGCAAGAAGCAGAUCCUGCUCAAUGCCUUUGACAUGUCCACCGUGGGCCAUCUGUCCCCAGGACAAUGGAAGAACCCAGCCGACAAGUCAGCCACAAAGCGCAAGCUAGACUACUGGAUCAAUCUAGCCAAGCUCCUCGAGCGCGGAGGCAUCAACGCCCUGUUCCUGGCCGACACAUACGGCGGAUACGACACGUACGAAGGCAAACUAGACGAAUGCAUCCGACGUGCAGCACAAUGGCCCGUCACUGAUCCGACAAUCCCCAUAUCCGCCAUGGCAGCCGUGACCAAGAACCUCGCGUUCGGAAUCACAGCCUCGACCUCCUUCGAGCCACCAUUCCUCCUGGCGAAGCGCUUCUCCACGCUAGACCAUCUCACCAACGGCCGCAUCGGAUGGAACAUCGUGACUUCGUGGAAGAAAGCAGCCUUCAAGGCCAUUGGUCUUGACACGCCCAUCGAGCACGACGAGCGAUACCGCCAAGCAGAUGAGUACCUGCGCGUGCUAUACAAACUCUGGGAAUCCUCCUGGGCGCCCGACGCCCUCAACCCGGACCCAGAGAACGACAGCUACGUCGACCCCGACAAGGUGCGCCAGAUCAACCACAAGGGGAAAUACUUCACCCUGAACACGCGCCACAUCGUGGACCCGUCCCCGCAACGGACCCCAUUCCUCUUUCAAGCUGGCACUUCAGCAGCGGGGUCUUCCUUCGCGGCGACACACGCCGAAGCGAUCUUCGUGUCGAGCCACUCGCCCACCGUCCUGCGGCCCAAGAUCGCCAACAUCCGACGUCUAGCUGCCGAGCAAGGGCGUGAUCCAUCGUCGAUCAAGUUCUUCGCGACGUUCACACCGAUUAUCGGACGGACGGACGAGGAAGCGCGCGCUAAGUAUGAAGAAGUGAAGAAGUACGCGUCUGUGAUUGGCGGACUAGUUCUGUUCAGCGGGUGGACGGGGAUUGAUAUUAGUCGGAUCCCCAUUGAUCAGGAUAUCACGGCGGCGGACUCAUUAGAGGCGCAUAAGGUCACGAGCCAGUUGGAUGCGUUUACCACCACGAGCGAGGACGUGCCGCGGUGGACGCCGCGGGUCGUGGCGGAGAAGGCGGCCAUUGGGGGAUUGGGCCCUGUUGCGGUGGGGAGUCCGGAGAGGGUAGCGGAUGAAAUGGAACGGUGGGUGAGGGAGGCGGAUCUGGAUGGGUUUAAUUUGGGGUAUGUGACGACUCCGGGGACGUUUGAGGAUGUGGUGGAGUUGUUGGUGCCGGAGUUGAGGAGGAGAGGGCUGUAUCCUGAUGCUGUUGCGGAUGAGGAUGAGGAGGAAGGGUUGACGGCGAGAGAGAAGGUGUAUGGACGGGGGCAGAGGGAGUUGAGAGCAGAUCAUCCGGGGAGUAAGUACAAGUAUGAUGUUUAUGUUGAGGAGGAAGAAGCAGCCCAGUAG